UCAGGAAUCCAUUAGAUACAUUAUCGGAUUGCUGGUAAUAAAUUAUUCAUAUAUACCGACAUACACGUAUUAUUCUUAAAGAAAGAUAAGAACCCCGAACUCGUCAACAUGCUUUUAAAAGUGUAUAACUCUCAUCCAUACUGAGCAUUUCGUUAAUUGAGCUGCGGUCGCAAAGAUCACGAAAUGUUUUGCAGCAAGUUGCAAGUGUGUAUUGUAGUCCUUUUGGCCACAUUGGCCCUUAUUGGAUACUGUGAAGCGGGCCUAUACAGUCUGCCGCCACUGGAUGGUGAGAAUCCUUCAGCGCGUUUUGUAAAUGGUAGAAUCGUUACUAGUGGUUCGCCGAGAGCUGACCUCAACUAUCGACUACCGAACGCCACCGAACCCGUGCACUACGACGUCGUACUGACGACAAACGUACAUAACGGCACAAAGAGUUUCCAGGGCACAGUUAAUAUUGUUAUUAGAGUGAUCGAAGAUACAACGACAAUCGUUUUGCAUCAACGUCAAUUGAACAUUCUUCAAGCGACUAUAAAAAAUACCGCUUUAGCUAGUGCUACUGAGGAAACUUUAAAUAUUUCUUAUGAAGAAGAGCGCGAAUUUCUAAGUCUGACGCCAGCCAAUCAAACGCUCACAUUUACCCAAGGCAGCAACUGGAAUUUAACCAUUAGCUAUACCGGUGAAUUGCGUGAAGACAAUGGUGGAUUCUACCUUUCAACCUAUACUGAUGUCCAGGGCAGAGAACGUUAUUUAGCAACCACACAAUUCGAGUCGACCGAUGCACGUCACGCCUUCCCUUGCUAUGAUGAGCCAGCCAAACGUGCGACAUUCAGCAUUAUCAUUAACCAUGAUCCUUCUUAUAACGCCAUAUCCAAUAUGCCAUUGGACGGAAACCUCAGCACGCCUGGCUACUCCGUUUUCGAACAAACUGUGAAUAUGCCGUCUUAUUUGGUCGCAUUUAUUGUGUCCGAUUUUGAGUAUACUGAAGGUAUCUUAAAUGCGCGCCCACAACGCAUUUAUACACGUCCCGGCACUGUGGAUGAUCAAGAGUUCGCUUUAGUCUCUGGCUUAUUGUUGCUGCGUCGUCUUGAAGAAUACUACAAUGUGCAAUUCACUUUGCCGAAAAUCUAUCAAGUUGGUGUACCCGAUUUUGCAGCUGGUGCUAUGGAAAACUGGGGUUUGGCUACAUAUCGCGAACAGUAUAUGUUAUACAAUACCGAGAACUCUACGACGAAUACACAAACAAAUAUCGCAACCAUUGUUGCACACGAAUACUGUCAUCAAUGGUUUGGCAAUUUGGUAGCCAUUAAGUGGUGGACAUAUCUUUGGCUUAAAGAAGGUUUUGCUACAUUGUUUUCCUGGCAGGCAACAGAUGAGGCUUAUCCGGAGUGGGAUGUAUAUCAAAUGUUCCUUACUGACGACUAUCAUCGGGCACUAACCGCUGAUGGUACCGGUCAAUUGAGUCCAAUGUCGCAUUAUGUGCAAACACCAGCGGAAAUUUCAAAUCGUUACGAUUCCAUUUCAUAUUCGAAAGCUGGCUCCGUAUUAUACAUGUGGCAGAGCGCGUUCCCUAAGAAUGUCUUCCGCCAAGGCUUGAAUCUCUAUUUGACUUCAAACCAAUUCAGUGCCGCUGAAGAAGAUCAACUUUUCGAAGCUCUUGCCAUUGCCGCCGGUGCUAACAACGUACCGCUUCCGGCCACUAUGCAAAAUAUGUUCUCUAGCUGGUCUCGUCAAUCGACCUAUCCUCUGUUGACCGUUACUCGUAAUUACAACGGCAAGUCGUUCAGCGUACAGCAGGAAGCCUUCUACGAGGAUACUAACACAAAAUCGGAUCAAACUUGGUACAUACCCGUUAACUAUGCGCACAAAUCGAAUCCGGAUUAUCGUAAUACUACCGCUUCGCAUUUCUUACUGAAUGUCACAGAGAUCCAAAUCCAAGAUAAUGAUUUGGCAGCUGAUGAUUGGUUGCUACUUAAUAAACAAUCGACCGGUUUUUAUCGUAUCAAUUAUGAUGAGCAAAAUUGGAAGCUCCUUAGUGAAGCGCUACAAAAAGAAACAUUUAAAUUCGAUCCACGUAAUCGUGCACAACUUAUUUUUGACGCCUACAAGUUCAGUUCGACUGGACGCCUCAGCCAGGAUAUCUUCUUGAAUUUACUACAAUACCUGCCGAAUGAAGAUCAAUAUGCGCCUUGGACAACUGUCUACUCCAUAAUGGUUACUUUCAAUAAUUACCUGAACGGUGAUGAGGAUUAUCAAAAUUUCCAAUUAUUUGUUGGUGAAUUGGUUUCAAAUAUCUAUGAAAAAUUAGGUAUCAAUGACGUAGGUGGCGAACAUCAUCUUACCAAAUCCAUACGCAAUAUUGCCAUUAAUCUUGCCUGUAUGGCUGGCAUUGAGAGCUGCAUUCAAGAGACCAAUAACAAAUUAAAAGAACUCGUUGAUAAUGGUGUAGCAAUCGAACCAAAUCUACAACGACAAAUCUAUUGUAAUGGUCUAAUGCAAUCAGGCGAUGCCGAAUUCAAUUAUGUAUAUAAUGAAUUAAUGGCAUCCGAUGAUCAGGCAUUGCGUCGUACACUCAUCGCAUCGUUGGGUUGCUCGAGAACUCAGUCUCAAUUGCAAAACUUCGUAUACAGCUCAAUUGAUGAGUCCGCCGGCUGGCGUGUACAAGAGCGCAUCACAAUACUUAGUGCGGCAUAUUCGGCCAAUAGUGUUGGACUUAAUGUAAGCAUUGAUUUUCUCAGCGAAAAUUGGGAGGCUUACAGCAAUUUGACGCCAGGUUUCGGUGGUGAUAACCCGCUCAAUGCCGAUAUCGUAGGCAUGGCCGCAUACGUGGUCAAUGAGGAACAGCAAGCCAAAUAUUUGGCGCUGGUAGAUAAGGUUAAGGGCAGCAAUAAGGUACAAUCCAAUUUGGAGGAAGUCGUCAGGAAUCGCGUUCAGCGGAAUUUCGACUGGUUGCGCAACAAUCGGGCUCCGAUCAUGUCGUGGGUGAAUACAAACACCGUCAAAGCUGGCAGCGCGACGCUCAGCGCAUCAUUGGCAACGCUUUUCACAGCGUUAACGGUUGUGUUGGCACGUCAUUUUUGAAAUGUUAGUUUAAUAACUUGAAAUACAUAUGUACAUUUUUACAUAAUUGGCAACUUUUUAAGCAGAAUUUUUGUGAUUAAAACUAGUUUGUAAAUAUGAUAUUAAAUAAUAAAAAAUACAUUUUUACACACA